AUGGACGCCUUGUCCGGCAAGAACUCGACAGGUCGCAGAGUGUCAUUGCUAAACGACGGCCCGGCGCCUCCACCUCAACUUGUCCGCCUUCCCUCCAUCACUCCUUCCCUCCAAUCCCGGACUUCUAGUUACUCCUCCUCUCCCCUCGCCUCUCCACCUCGCCUGGUCCGCAGCGACUCUUCCGACUCCAACAUGCAGACGCCCUCGCCCAUCACGCCUGAUUUCUCCUACGAGCCUGGCAUGGACUCGCCCGUCUUCUCCCAGAAUGGCUUUUUCGUGCCCCAAAAGGAUCUCGGCUUCUCCAUGCAUCAACAAUCAGGUCCUCUUCCCUACCACACCAACGGCGCCCAGCCCGGCUACUUCAGGCCCGAGCAACUGUCCGAGCAACACUCUGAGCCAACAGCGCUGAAUGCGCGCCCCAAGAAGAACAGCUACCCAUGCCCAAUGGCCAAGCAAUUCGGCUGCAACGACUUCUUCACCACCUCGGGCCACGCCGCCCGCCACGCCAAGAAGCACACUGGCAAGAAGGACGCCUUCUGCCCAGAGUGCAACAAGGCCUUCACCCGCAAGGACAACAUGGAGCAGCACCGCCGCACUCACCAGAGUGGUCGCAAUGCGGCCAAGGGCGGAGACCGCGAUGUCAAGAAGGCCAAACACCAGGCUAAGCGACCCAAGCCGGCACCCCUCCAGUCGACGAUGCCUUCUUUGUCAUCGCUUUCCAUGGUUGACCCGUCGCUCCCCCUCAGCCCCUCCGGAUUCUCCAUGGCUCCCGCCGUGCAAUCUGCUGACGCCUUCAUCGACUUUUCUCCCAGCUCUCGGUAUCCCGACCCCGCCAACUACAGCUACAACCCUGCCGCCACUCAGUACGGUGGUCUGGAUGCACUCGCGAUAGCUGCAAGUGGCGAAAAGCGCAAGUUUGAGUCAUAG